ACAAUGUGUUUAGUUUUUUCUAUAGCGAGCUCAUCGUUAGUGUUGAUGCAGUGGAGUUCCUAUUCUAUCUUGUUACCAGUCGUAUCUGAAAGCUUGAAUAGGCCCCAUUGCUGUGAUUUGGUUGUUGGAAUAGGGUGGCAGACAUUUCCUCACGGUAUACGAGUGAGAAGCUUUGCGCUUCAUGUCAGCUUAUUGGAGACCGGGUCAGCCCUCCUCUGACAUUACUUUUCGUUCGUAUAAUACCCGAAUCGGAAAAGUGUUCGCAAAUUUGAAUGGGGGUUGAACCGCAGUCUUAGAGGAUAUUUGCGACUUUAUCUGUAUGAGUAUCUCUGAUCCAUUGUGAUCUCCCAUAACGAUUAACGGCUUAUAAUAUAGGCAUUGGAAUCAGAACGUUCCUAUUUUUAUAUCACCGUUUGAGUCAACUGAUCUCCGAGAAUGACUAAGCGGCACGUGACUGGUUCGUCUCCCGUUCCCGCUCCCCUUUCCCCAGAGCAACUGAAUCGACUGCCAUGAGACUAAGAUUAGUGUCAACUCUUUUUUCUCUUGUGUCCAGACCUUUAGAUAGCAAUUGUGGAGCUAUGCAAAACCGCUAUUUCCAGGCACAAUUCAACGCGUCGCCCGUGACGUAAUCAUUGUGCCAAGCAAAUCUCCUAUUUUUGCCCAGUCGGCAGUCGGAAGCUUCCAAUGCAUCAGGUUUUGUUUUGCAAUACUCCUUUUCCACCACCAUGGACUGCUCACUAAAGCUUCCAACGUGAAGAAAGAGAAGGAAAAUUCCACGAUGCUGGACUCCCGUGGAAAUGGAAAGUUCUCGCUCGCGAACCUGCGAGCGUUACGCGGCAGACGGCUGUACGUGCUGCUCACCACGCUCUCGGGUCUCGUGCUCUUCGCCAUCAUCUUCCCGCUGGCCUUUCUGCUGCCAAACAAGGACAAUGCCGACCCCGAUCGUGUCGACCUCGAUUACCUCUCGUUCCGCCCCGUCAGGGAAGGCAACGUGAAGUUGUACUGGAACAUGCCCUACGCUGCGUCAACGGGCGGUCAAAACCGCUUUCGAGGGCCCCAGCCCCCGCCGCUAUACAAUCAAAAUGGCACUAUGGAGUUCGGUGGUCAAUUUGGCAUGUGCCCAAACAUCCAGAAGAUCGACUCCAAGCUUCGCAAUAAGAACGACGUUGCAGGCGAUGACAUUGCUGGGAUAUACACCGCACGCACCGAAGACUGCCUCUCGCUGCAUGUCUUUGCCCCGUCCGACGCGAAGCCGGGGGACGACCUGCCCGUUCUGGUGAACAUUCCCGGUGGUGGUUUCCAUCUCCCGGGGCGUGGCAACGGCAAGGAUUUCGUGGAGAAGAGUCGCAUAGAGAAAAACGGGAAGGUUGAUUUCAAGGGCAUCAUUGUUGUUAUGAUGUACUAUCGAAAUGGCAUCUAUGGGUUUCUCUCGGGUGACGAAAUUGCAAAGGACGGCGACUUCAACAUGGGCUUCCGCGACCAGCGCGCUGCGCUCGAGUGGGUGCAGAAGUACAUUCGUUAUUUUGGUGGAAACUCGGAUCACGUCGUUAUCAUGGGCACCUCCGCCGGUGGCACCUCCGUGGUCGCUCAACUCGCAGCCAACCAUGGCGACAACACAUUUCCAGUUCCUGGAUCCGGCCGCAAACCCCUUUUCCAUGGCGCCAUCAUGCAAUCUCCAGCAUCGCCAACCUAUUUCACGAAGGAGCAAGCGAAUGACUUUUACGGGCGCGUCGCGCGUGGUGUGGGUUGCGCCAAUGACACGUCUAUAAGUUGUGUUCGCAACGCCUCUGUCGGCGAUCUAUACUGGCAAAACUAUCCCAUGGCCUUUGCGGGGCGUAACACGCCUCCCAGAUGGAUGUGGGCCCCCACCGCCGAAAAAGGUCCAAACGCGCUAUGGACCGAGCCCGGUACCACGGCUCUACUCAACGGCCACUCCGCCAAAGUCCCCACAAUCAUUGGCUACACGUCCAACGAAGGCACCGAUCAAGUGUUCAAGACGAUUGAUAACGAAGGAGACUUUAAAUCAUACAUCAAAGACCACUACCCGCUACUGACCGACGACGACUUGGACGUACUGGUGAAGAACUAUCCUAACGAUCGGCACUGGCCCGAUUCCGGAUCUUGGUGGGACGCCGUAUCCAAAGCCCAGGGCGAACUCCGCUACAUCUGUCCAACCUACCUCUCCGCUCAAGGUCUCGCACAGCACGGCGCAAACUCGACGGAAAAAGCACCCACCUACACCUACCAAUGGGACGUGCACUGGGGCCCAGACAACGUCAACGGCUACGGCACCAAGCACGCCGCAACAGUCGGACAGGUCCUCGCGCGCAAAGACAACGAAAUCAGCGAUUACUUCAUCAGCUUCAUCAAGACCCUCGACCCGAAUAAAGAGCGUCGCAAAGGCACUGCCGAGUGGGAAAGCCUAGAUGACAGAAAACGACGUCUUUUAUUCACGAAUCGCGAGGAUGAAGCCAGGACGUUCAAGAUUCGCAUGCAGGACGUCGAUGAGCAGAGGGAGAAAACAUGUGGUGAUUUGCGCAACAUGAUGGCACGGACGCAGCAAUGA